AUGGAGACCGCGCAGUCUACCAAGGGAUCGAGAUGUCGGUGAGAAUCUUUAGAUGUACAGCCUGGCACUGAAGGACUAGGGUCCACUUCAGAACCAUUUUCUUCGGAUGGCCAUCCUAUAACGGCCCUGGCAGCCGCAACUACAGCAGCUGCGGCCUCCUCCACCGACAAAGCGACUGUGUUAUCCGCAAAGACCCCAGCGUGCCACUCUGAGCCGAACCUUCUCAUGAACCACUCCUCUGACAGUCUUCUGGGGGAUCCCUGCACUGGAGCCAGCUUUACCCACAGCAUUGGCCAUGGGAAACUUGGCAUUGAGCCUAUCUAUGUUUCCCAUAUUGCUCAGGAUCCCUGUACUACAAAAGACCUUAGCUCUAGUCCUGGCCCUAUUCUUGGCUCCAGUUCUGGUUCCUGCCAUGGCUCUGGUCAAGACACUGGUCCUGAUUCUGGCCCUGGUCCUGCUACUGACGCUGGGCCUAGUCCAGGCUGUGGCCAUGACCGUGAGCCCAGCCCCUACAAUCUUCCAAGUUUCAGAACCCCCCAAGCAGAUCUGGUCCCUAAUUAUGCCUCCUGGAAUCACUACUGCCACUGGGAACCCCGGAAACAACCCUGGAAAUUUUUGCAAGUCUCAGAACCUGGUGCCCGAGGGCAUUGGAAGACCCCUGAGGUUGAAGGGAAGUGUAAGGUUCCCAAUGAAACAUUGCCACGGGGCCACAGCCUUCUCUACAACUGGGAGGAGGAGAGAGCCACCAACCACCUGGAUCAAGUCCCAAGCAUGCAGGAUGGCUCUGAGAGUUUCUUCUUCCGACAUGGACACCAGGGACUGCUGACCCUGCAGCUACAGUCACCCAUGUCCUUCAGCACCACUCAGAAAGACUCAUACCAGCCCCCACGAAACUGCUAUCAGCCAACUCGAGGAAAGCGUGAAGCCAUGCUGGAGAUGCUCCUGCGCCACCAGAUCUGUAAAGAGGUGCAGGCAGAGCAGGAAGCCACAAGGAAGCAGUUUGAGGUCGAGUCUGUGACACACCAUGACUACCGAAAGGAGCUGGUGCAAGCCGGGCCUCCUGCCCCAACCAAGCCUCACAACUACCGUCGGGAGCAACCUGAAACCUUCUGGAUACAGAGGGCACCACAGCUACCGGGUGUCAGUAGCAUCAAGACUCUGGACACGCCAUUCCGGAAGAACUGCAGCUUCUCAACACCAGUGCCUCUGUCUCUGGGGCAGCCUUUGCCCUAUGAACCUGAGAAUUAUUCCCACCAACUGGGAGAAAUAUCUUCCCUUGUCUGUCAGGGAGGAGGACAGGGAGGUGGAAUGGGUGGAACUACUAUCUAA